AUGUAUAUGCCGUACAUCCUCCUGGUAGGCCUGGGCUUCCUGCGAAAUGCUCUCGCUUAUGAUGCCGCGCCUUUCAACAACACUUUCAACGCUUCCGCUUUCCCGGGCUCCGCUCCCGCAUUUCAGAUCGCCAUCGGUGUCGGCGGCGAGACGAGGACUUGGGCAACUCCGGCAAACGGUUUGGCUGGAACUACAAAUCAUUCCGGUUGUGUUGGCGCCCUCGUGGUUUAUCCCGGACGUCCACUGGACUCCAACAGCGUCGCCUUGAUCUCUUGCGAUUCAGACGAUGUAGUUACCUGGAUCAACCAGGCAAGUUCCGCCAGUGCUGCCUGCAUGAUCCUGUAUUCUGCUUACUCUGACUACUGCAAUUUCACCACGCCAAUACCGGAUUCGGUCGGUACAGCCUUCACCACCAUCAGCAAUCGAGAUGCGAGCAUGCUUCUCUAUACUAUACAGCAAUAUACCCAAUACACCGGUUCGUUUACGAGCACUCCGGUUAUAGCAAACAUCACGCAUGUAAGUAGUACGAGUACGACCGGCGUUCAGGCUGCCGCGCCCACCGCCUCCUCGAGUUCCCAGGCAAGUACAUGGCAACCGUCUACGACAAGCGUCGCAAUGGUCAUCUUGUAUGUCAUUACCUCUCUGAUUGGAAUACUGUUUUGUGUCAUCAUCGUCCUUGGAGCCAGGCGAGCGCGCCGUCACCCGGAGCGAUAUGGAAUGUACGGGGGCGUGGGAAGUAGACCUCGUCGGGCAAGGGGAAUCGCCAGAGCCAUGCUGGACACUUUCCCAGUCAUUCGCUUUGGAUCAACAGGUGAUCACGAGAACCGAAAGGAUUUCGAGAUGACAGGAGGAGGUGCCAAUGAUGGUGAUGGUGCUGGAACGGGAGAUAAAGCCAGCGUCGAUCACCGUGAGGGCGUGGCAGAGGAUGGACAAAGUAUUCCUGCGAGGCCUGCACCGCAAGAAGUGACUGAGGCCCAACCCUGUGCCAUUUGUAUGGACGAGUUUGAGAAUGGAGAAGAGCUUAGAGUGCUACCCUGCGAGCACCAGUUCCAUCCAGCAUGCGUCGACCCAUGGUUACUGAAUGUUUCGUCAUUGUGUCCGCUCUGCAGACAAGACGUAAGGCAAACCCCGGAGGAGAGAGCACAAGCACAACUCGAUAAUGCAAGUGUACCUGCAAUUGCGGAUCCAGCGUCAAACGAGACGACUCGUGCCCGUCCAGAAAUGGCAGCAUCGGUAUUGGGCAAUUUGGUUCCUCAUUCACAACUUCCUCAAUCAAGCAAUACUGAACGCCGCCAAAGCGACGCUCAGGGUCAACAUUCCAGGCGCUUCCAGAGGUACCUCGCUAUUAUGCGCCGUCGUCGCGGAAGGCAUGACCAGGUAUCGGAUGCCGCAUUGCAAGAGCUGCGUGACAAUCAGGCCGCUCCACAACGACCGGCAGAGGGACAAGUUCGGCCUCCGGCCCCAAGGAUAAGGCGAGAGAGCACUCUGAGUAGAGUGUUCUCGCACCCAACAGGGAUUUUGGAUGGCAUAAGAGAGGUUCGUAAUUCAUGA